AUGAAGCCCGCCCACGAGCGCAGCCAGGAGUGCCUUCCCCCGAAGAAGCGGGACCUGGCUCCGAGCGGCGGCGGGGGCGUCGGCGGGGGGUUCGGGGGGGUCGGAGGGGCCGCAGACGGGGCCCCCGGGGAGUGGCCUCGGCUCCGGCCCGAGACGGGUCUGGGCCUCACACCGGACCCGUGCGGCCUGCGGUACGAAGCGGCCGACCCGCCCGGCGGCCUGCACCCGGCGCUGAGCCACGUGCCCCCUGCCGCCUCCCUCCUGCGGCACCCCGGGACCCCCUACCCGCCGCUGGGGUACGCGCACCUCCCGCCCUCCUCCGUGCAGUUCGUGGGGCCCCCCUACGCCGUCCCGUACGCCGCCCGCCCCGGGUACCUCUCAGGCCCCCUGGUGCCCCCGCAGCCUCCCGCCCCGCCCGCCCGCCCGCUGCCCUACGCCUCCGUCAUCCAGGGGGUCGCGGUGUCCCCUCCGCCUCGCCCCCCCGUCGAGCUCAGCCCCCGGGCGGCGCCCGUCUUCUACCCCCACCCCGGACCCCGGGGCCACCACCACUCCCUCCAGGGGCGCCCGGAGGAGGUGAACGGGGCGCAGGAGGACCCGCGGCGGGGAGGGAGGGAGUCGCCCCGGGACCCGUGGAGGCUGCUGGACCCCGAGCGUCCUCAGGACAGGACGUCCCACCGGUUUCAGGCCAGGGGCUCCCCGGCGGUCCAACGCGCCCCCUCGGAUACCGACCUGGAGGGUCCAGUUCCGGUGUACGUGGUGGCCGGGUCGAUCCCGCCCCAGGUUCAACAGGCAGGCGCCCAGCCGGCUUCCCCAGACCAGGUGGUGACGGGGGGCUGCAAGGAGGCCGCGGUGCGGCCACUGAACCUGUCCCAGGGUGCUCAGCGGGAGAGGGAGGCGCUGCAGGCAGCUUACGCCCCGCCCCUCUCUGUGCCUGGCGACCCCCGGGGACCCGCCCAGCACACCGUGGUGCUGGCCAACGGGCAGCCGGUGCUCGUGCCACUGGACUACCACCCAGCCCCGCCCGACUACCACCCAGCUCCGCUUGACUACCACCCAGCCCCGCCCGACAACAACAACAACAACGACGACGACGUCAGCGUCAACGCCGCCCCGCCCGCCUCGCACCCUCCCGAUAGGUCGACGCAGAGCCCCCUCCCGCCCCCCGCCGGGCCCUCGCACUUCUCCCGGGGCGCCAUCAUCCAGCUGGCCACGGGGGAGCUGAGGCGGGUGGAGGACCUGCGGACGCAGGACUUCCUGCGCAGCGCGGAGGCCAGCGGGGGGCUGCGGGUGGACUCCAGCACGGUGGCCGAUGUCCGCGGCAGCGCGCGGCCGGGGCUGGUGGAGCUGCAGUUCGCCGUGGGCGGGCGGGGCACCCGCGUGGCCAUCGACGUGCCCCCCGAACACCCCUUCUUCGUGUUCGGCCGGGGCUGGUCCUCCUGCUGCCCGGACCGCACCGCCCGGCUCUACGGACUGGACUGCCAGCGCCUGCGGGCGGGGGACGUGUGCGUGUCCAUCGCCCUCCAGCAGCCCAAACCGCCCCCGUCCCGCGCCCCCGCUCCGCCCGCCGCCCUCCACCCCAUGGGGCCCCCGGCCCCCCACCACCCCCGGCCCGCGGCCCACUGCAGGGAGAGGGGCCCCCGGGACCGGGACGAGGAGCGGCCCCUGCGGGCCCCGAACCCGGCGCCCCCCAGGCCCGACAGCCCUGCAGCCGAACACGGCAGGGGGCGGAGCGGCUACCUUGUGCACAGGGGGGGCGCCCCCCAGCGGCCGGCCACGCCCUCAGCCACCGCCCUUCGCCACCGGCCCACCCCCGGCCUCCAGAAAUACCCCAUCAAGAGCGAGGAGGCCCCCUCCCCCUCUCCCUGCCCCUCCCUCGCCUCCUCGGGCUCCUUGCGGCCGCCCUUCGUCCCGCCCUUCGUCACGCACGACGUGAAGCUGUCCAUUGAGGGCCGCUCCAACGCCGGGAAGUAG